AUGACCCCGCCCCCAUCUACAACGGAACCCGCCCCCAUCUACAACGGACCCCUCCCCAUCUACAAUGGACCCCGCCCCAUCUACAACGGACCCCACCCCAUCUGCCCCGCCCCAUCUACCAAUGACCCCGCCCCAUCUACAACGAACCCCGCCCCAUCUACCACUGCCCCACCCCCAUCUGCCCCUGCCCCCGCCCCAUCUACAACGAACCCCGCCCCAUCUACCACUGCCCCGCCCCAUAUAUCACUGACUUUCGGUGUAGCGCGGUGCUCGCAACACCAAGGGGUGUUGGGUUCGACUCCCGUCGGGGACCAGUACGGAAUUAACCCUAGCCCCCAGACCCCCCAGACCCCCCCAGACCCCCAGGCCCCUCAGAUCCCCAGACCCCCCAGAUCCCCAGACCCCCCCAGGUCCCCAGACCCCCCAGGUCCCCAGACCCCCAGGCCCCCCAGAUCCCCCCAGACCUCCCCAGAUCCCCAGGCCCCCAGAUCCCCAGACCCCCAGACCCCCCAGGUCCCCAGACCCCCCCAGGUCCCCAGAUCCCCAGGCCCCCAGAUCCCCCAGACCUCCCCAGACCCCCAGGCCCCCAGACCCCCGAUCUAA